AGAUCGCCCUAGCAAGCUUUUAUGAGGAUGGAGGGGAUGAAGACAUUGUGACCAUUUCGCAGGCAACCCCCAGCUCAGUGUCCAGAGGCACAGCCCCCAGUUUCACAGGUAAUACAGAUGAUCCAGUCCAAGAACCAACACUUUGAGAACCACUGCUCAAGAGUAGUACUUGACAUGUGCUACACCAUGCAUCAGUACCCCGGCUGUUCACAGAAAACCUAUGAGCGAUAACAGGGUAACAUCCUUCAAAGACCUCAUUCAUGACCAAGAUGAGGAGGAAGAAGAGGAGGAGGGCCAGAGGAGCAGGUUUUAUGCCGGAGGCUCAGAGAGAAGUGGACAACAGAUUGUUGGCCCUCCCAGGAAGAAAAGUCCCAAUGAGCUGGUGGAUGAUCUAUUUAAAGGUGCCAAGGAACAUGGAGCCGUAGCUGUGGAGCGAGUGACCAAGAGCCCUGGAGAGACCAGUAAACCGAGACCAUUUGCUGGGGGUGGCUACCGCCUUGGGGCAGCACCAGAGGAAGAGUCUGCCUAUGUGGCAGGAGAAAGGAGACGGCAUUCCGGUCAAGAUGUUCAUAUAGUGUUGAAGCUCUGGAAGAGUGGAUUUAGCCUGGACAAUGGCGAACUCAGAAGCUACCAAGACCCAUCUAAUGCCCAGUUUCUGGAGUCCAUCCGCAGAGGGGAGGUGCCAGCAGAGCUGCGGAGGUUAGCUCAUGGUGGGCAAGUGAAUUUGGACAUGGAGGACCAUCGAGACGAGGACUUCGUGAAGCCCAAAGGAACCUUCAAAGCCUUCACGGGCGAGGGUCAGAAACUGGGCAGCACUGCACCCCAGGUAUUGAAUACCAGCUCUCCAGCCCAGCAAGCAGAAAACGAAGCCAAAGCCAGCUCUUCCAUAUCAAUCGACGAGUCACAGCCUACCACAAACAUCCAAAUACGGCUUGCUGACGGUGGGAGGCUGGUGCAGAAAUUCAACCACAGCCACAGGAUCAGUGACAUCCGACUCUUCAUCGUGGAUGCUCGGCCGGCCAUGGCCGCCACCAGCUUCGUCCUCAUGACUACCUUCCCGAACAAAGAGCUGGCUGAUGAGAACCAGACCCUUAAAGAAGCCAACCUGCUCAAUGCGGUCAUCGUGCAGCGGUUAACAUAACCACCUGGCCCUGCUGGGCGGCCUCACCUUCUUCCUGUGUUUCCCACGGCCAGCUGCCCCAUGGGGACUGCCCCUCCCGCCCCCUUCUGAACACCCAGCGGUCCAGUGCCACGUCUCCUCCGUAGCUCUGGGUUCUUAGAUCUCAGUUGGACAUUUGUUUUCUCCUUAGUUGCAUUUCCUGGGUUUUUGUGACGAUCAAUGGACUUUAAAGAAAAAAAUAAAAACAAACAAAAAAAUUGAAGAAAUAUCACCAGCAUGUUAUAUGGAACCUCUACCAGUGAAGUAGGCUUUGAUUGCUUUAAAAUCAUUUCUCUCGCCCUGGCCAGUUUGGCUCAGCGGUUGGAGUGUUGGCCUGCAGACCAGAGAGUCCUGGGUUCGGUUCCUGCUAGGGGCACAUACCAAAAAAAAAAUCAUUUCUCUCCAGGGCGUGUGAGAAGAACCUUCCUGCAUAAAAAUUGCUUGCGGUGUACAAUGCCCAUCUACUUGUGUGUCCACCUGCCAUUCCCAUGAUGACUAGUGGAGGAUUUCCCCCUUUGUAAGGAAGGCAAUGGGGGACUUGUAGAGAGAGGCUUUGCAGCCACUUAUUCCAAGAACAAAUCUCUUGCCCAGAUUAAACCAGGCAGGAGCAAGAGGCCCCUGAGUGUGAGGUCAGAUCUAGAUGCACAUGACUCCUUCAGAUGAAAAUAAAUAACUUCCCUGUGCUCCUUUCACUCAAACCCUGGGAAAUUCGAGCUCCCAGACCUGGGCCAGUUGAGAUUCUAAUUACACCUGCCUGCCCCCGCCCUUGCCUCCCCCAUCAUCUGGGCUGCUGUCACCCUGGUGAUUCUCAGCUGCCCUGUCAUUGCUUUACUCCAUGUGCAGAAGUGUGUACCUGGGGAGUAGUAGGGGUAUCUUUUCAUUGGGAAACAGCUCGUGCCCACGUGAGUUCAGAGUUGGGGUAUCUUAGUUAGAAUCAAAAUACCACUGAGCUAUUUGAUAAUGAUGUACGUGGCAAAUCAGAUGUUGAGGGUGGGGCGUACCUGUGCUACCAGUACCUUUUACUCUGCGUUUGCGGGAGCCUGUGCUGAGUACAUUUUGAGUCAGUGCCUGGCUUUAGUGUGCAGGUUCUGCCUCAUGGUUUCUCUGGCCUGCUGAGUUCGAGCUUGCAGCAACUUAGGCAGUCUGGUAAAGACCUCCUGUAUGAAUAAAUGUGCUUUUUUUCUGUGCAAGUUUGGGAGAAGAGGAUCACUGGGGUUUUGGAAACCUUUCCACCUCCCUAUUAAGUGAACCACAGACUUAGAAUCAACGCUGACUCAGAAUCUCCUGGUUUUGAAUAUAAUGUGCCUCAGUCCUCUUUCCAAGCAGUCAUCACCAAUCACUCCUGCUUCACACUCUGCGACAAGCCAAGAACCAACACUACUUACACCCAGAGCUGGGGAACGGCUUGGAUUUCAGCCAAGACCCAUCCUGAGAAAGGGACACAGCUUGGUGCUUCUGAUCCCAAACUGGCAGGGGCCUGCGGAGCUGCAGCAUCUGCCACAGCGUGUCCUCCAGCAGGUGGUGGCAACUGUGGAAACAACGCAGGUCUGGAAAAGCUUUGUAAAUUAUUGUCACCUUGACCAUUAAAAACCAGA